AUGUCUGAGAAGCGUGACGAGCUCGAGAAGUCCGAUGUACUCCAUCGCGAUCUGACCAAUGACUUGCCGCCAGAGGUACUCGCAACUGAGAUUGCGCACGAAGUUGAGAACAACAAGUUCUCACCAUGGACACCGUCUAUGUUUCAGCUCUAUGCUGUGCUCUUCGUGGCGUAUUGCUGUGGUUGUCUCAAUGGCUAUGAUGGCAGUUUGAUGGGUGGAUUGAACGGAAUGAAGUCCUAUCAGCGAACCUUUGACAUGAAAUCUGAUGGUUCUGCUACUGGCAUUGUUUUCAUGAUCUACAACGUUGGCAGCAUUGCUGCAGCCCCAACUGUCCCUUUCACCACUGAUCGCUUUGGACGCCGCGCCGGAAUGUUUACUGGUGCUCUCAUCAUCAUCAUCGGCACUUGUGUUCAGGCAACUGCGAAAGCCAUGCCUCAGUUCAUGGGUGGUCGAUUCCUCCUCGGCUUCGGUGUUUCGUACUGCUGUAUCGCUGCCCCAACCUACGUCAGCGAGCUUGCUCACCCCAAGUGGAGAGGUACGCUCACCGGUCUCUACAACUGCAUGUGGCCUGUCGGAGCUAUCAUUGCUGGCUGGGCAACCUAUGGAAGCGCUUACAUCAAAGGCGACAAUGGCUGGAGAGUCCCAGUCUGGAUCCAGCUCGUCACCUCUGGCGUUGUAGCAAUCUUUGCAUUCUUCCUCCCUGAAUCUCCCCGAUGGUUGAUCGCCAAUGACAAGCACGAUGAAGCUGCUGCCAUCCUCGCCAAGUAUCACGGCGAAGGAUCAGUCGACCACCCUAUUGUACAACUUCAGAUGAAGGAGAUGAUGGCCCAGAUCUCGACUGAGGCUUCAGACAAGAGAUGGUGGGACUACCGUGAGCUCUGGAACUCGCACAGCAACAAGCGACGUCUCAUCUGUGUUCUCGGUAUGGCUAUCAUGGGUCAAGCAUCUGGUAACUCGCUCUCAAGCUACUACCUCGUCGCUAUGAUGAACACGGCUGGUAUCAAAGAUGAGAAGCUUGUUCUUGCUCUUAAUGCUACCAACAGCGUUCUUGGACUCCUCGGCUCGGUCAUCGGUGCCCGUCUGACUGACCGUGUUGGCCGUCGACCUCUUCUCAUUUACAGCAUCCUCUUCUGUUCAGUCAUCUUCGCUGUCAUCACAGGAACAUCCAAGAUGGCAGUUGACGACCCAAGCAACAAGAACGCAGCGAAUACCACCAUCGCCUUUGUCUUCCUCUUCGGCGUCGUCUUUUCACUUGGAUGGACGGCUCAGCAAAGCAUGUACAUCGCAGAGACACUCACUACCUCGACACGAGCCAAGGGAACAGCACUGGGUAACUGGGCAUCCAGCUGUAUUUCCCUUGUCCUGGCCUACUCUUCAGGGCCAGCCUUUGAGAAGAUCGGUUACUACUUCUAUCUGGUUUUCGUGUUCUGGGACCUGCUUGAGGCUGCGUUUAUCUUCUUCUUCUUCCCAGAGACGAAGGACAGGACACUGGAGGAGCUUAAUGAGGUCUUUGAUGCCCCUAACCCUGUUAAGAAGUCGCUAGAGCCUAGGACUGCUGAGACGGUUCGGGCGACCAUGAACCAGAAUGAGGCAAAGGUUAUUGAUGUUUAG